UUUCCCACACCUGAGCAGAGGUACCAGAGGAGCUCACACACACACACAGACAAGAUGAGGACACACAGGCUUCUGUUCUUUACUCUGCUGGGCCUGCUGCUCUGGGUCUCCUGCGUCCAGUCCGACGACUCUGGCGAGAAAGAGACGCAGGAAGAAACUUCACAGGAAACUCCUGGAGACGCUGAGGAAACCGAGGAGACGCCAAAGAAGGAGAAAACAACUGAGAUAGAAGAAGAGAAAGAUGUCAUGGUUCUCCACAUCAAAAACUUUGACAGAGCUCUCAGCGAGAAUAAGUAUUUACUGGUUGAAUUCUAUGCUCCCUGGUGUGGUCACUGCAAACAGCUGGAGCCUCUGUACGCUGAGGCUGCCGAGAAGCUGAAGAAAGAGGAGGCAGAGAUGCGUUUGGCCAAAGUGGACUGCAUAGACGAGAGAGAGCUGGGGGACGAGUUUGAUGUCGCAAGCUUCCCAACCCUUAAACUGUUCAUCAAUGGAGACCGCAAGCAGCCUAUUGAUUACACUGGUAAGAGGUCGGCGGUGGGAAUAAUCCAGUGGAUGAAGCGCCGCGCUGGCCCUGGUGCCCUAGAGCUCACCUCUGUAGGCUCUGCUGCCGACUUCAUCAGUGCACAUAACAUCACUGUUGUAGGGUUCUUUGAUAGUCUGGAAAGUGAAGCAACCAAGGUGUUCAAGGAAGCUGCUUUUGAUCAGACUGAAACGGAGUUUGCAUUUACAACAUCUCCUGAUGUUUUCAAGAAGUACGAGGUGAAAGACAACUCAGUGGUGCUCUUCAAAAAGUUUGACGAUGGCAGAGCAGACUUUGCGUUGUCAGAAGAAGGCACACUUGACAAACGCAACCUGACCACCUUCAUCAAUGAAAACAGUCUGGAGCUGAUCAUCCGCUUCAAGCAGGAGACGGCAGAUAAGAUCUUCUCCUCUCCUAUCCUCCUGCACAGCCUGCUGUUCAUCAACUCCACUGUGAAGAGUCACAUGACCCUGGUGGAUGAGACCAGGACGGUCGCCAGAGAGUUCAAGGGAAAGAUGCUUUUCAUUAUGAUUGAUGUGACAGAUAAUAUUUCCCACGUGCUAAAAUACUUUGGAGUGUCUGAGAGCGACGUGCCUACUGCACGCGUCGUCAGUAUGGACACACAGCAGAAGUUCAGCAUCGCCUCUGGGGAUCUGACAGCAAGUUCCCUGCGACAGUUGUGCAAGGAGGUUGUAGAUGGUUCUGCGAAGCCAUACUAUCGAUCUGAGGAGAUCCCAGAGGACUGGGACAAAGAACCAGUUAAAGUCCUGGUGGGCAAGAACUUUGAGUCUAUAGCUCUGGACCAGGACAAAAAUGUCUUCGUUGAGUUCUAUGCUCCAUGGUGUGGACACUGCAAAGAACUGGCUCCCAUCUGGGAAAAGUUGGCUGAGAAAUAUGCUGACCGUGAUGAUAUUGUCAUAGCAAAGAUGGACGCCACGGCCAACGAGGUGGAGUCUGUUGCGAUUGAUGGAUUUCCAACACUAAAAUAUUUCCCAGCUGGUGGCAAAGAGGUGAUCAAUUACGCUGGAAAAAGGGAUUUGGAGACGUUUUCUACAUUCCUGGAUAACGGAGGUGUGUUGCCAACUGAGGCAAGUGAUGAGGAUGGUCAAGAUGAAGAUGAAAAAGCAGAGGGUAGUGAUGAAGAUCUUAGCAAGGAUGGGACUUCAGAUGAACAAGACAGCCAAACAUCCAAAGAUGAGCUGUAAAGUAAACUUCUGGCCAAUUAAGAUCAAUGUAGCAUCUUUCUGUUUUCUUAAUAAAAGUUAUACUGGUUUAAAACUGGUCCAUACUCUUGUCUCUUGUGAAUGAGCUCCUAACUCCGAACUCUUGAUGUUCUUUCAAACUCCGUUCCUGCAUGAAGCCUAUGGCCAUUUUUUAUGUUUUCAAAUGUGUGUUAAAGCAGUUUCAGAUUGUAAUGCUUUGGUAAAUGUUGCAUUUGACAGCAUGACCUAAAAAAUAAAAUAAAAACAA